UCGCGCCAUCUCUCUCUCUCUCUCUCUCUCUCUCUCUCUCUCUAUCUCUCUCUCUAUAUAUAUAUAUAACCGUCUCUUCCACAACUUCACACACUCAUCACGAUUGCGAGCACAGAUUUAUAUACAUAUAUACAUCAUACAUACAAACUCUCUCUCUCUCUCUCUCUCUCUCUCUCACACACACACACACACACAUAUAUACAUAUUUACGUAUAACUGCGUAUCGAAGGAGAAAUGAUGGCGAGGAGAAUUACUGUUUCGAUCGUCGUAGUUUCGGCGGUCAUCGUCGCCGUGAUUUACAUCUCCGGAUUAUUCUCCGGCGAAGAUGACGGAUUGCGGAGGUCGUUCUCAGAUCCAGAAGCAGAGCUCAAAAAACUUCCGGUAGUUCAGUUGGUCGGAGCUACGCGUAAGCGCGGCGAUGAGCCGAGAGCUGUGAUUUCUGCUGAAAUUGCAUCCAGAUUCAAGCCGAUUUCCAGAAAAAGAGCAAGUGAUAAAUUGGAGGAAGGAUUGGCCAGAGCAAGAGCAGCAGUUAGAAGAGUAGCUUCACUCAGAAACAAAUCGGUAAUCAUCGACAGCAAUCAUAGUAUUUCUUCUUCAAUCUAUCGAAACCCCAACGCAUUUCUCCAGAGUUACAAGGAGAUGGAGAGAAGACUGAAGGUGUAUGUAUACGAAGAGGGAGAGCUUCCAAUAGUGCAUGAUGGCCCAUGCAAAGACAUCUACACCAGUGAAGGGAGAUUCAUCCAUGAGAUGGAGCAUGGAAGCCAUAGAUUCAAGACAAGCAGACCUGAACAAGCUCAUCUCUACUUCAUGCCAUUCAGUGUGACAUGGAUGGUGAAGUAUCUCUACAGCCCCAACACCUACAACCUCACCCCGCUCCUAGAAUUCGUCUCCGAUUACGUCAAACUCAUCUCCACCAAACACCCCUUCUGGAACAGAACUCAAGGAGCUGACCAUUUCAUGCUCUCUUGCCAUGACUGGGGACCUCGCGCAUCAGAAGGAAACGCACGCCUCUACAGCACAUCCAUCCGCGUCCUGUGCAAUGCAAACUCAUCCGAGGGAUUCAACCCUCAGAAAGAUGUGAGCCUGCCCGAGAUCCGUCUCUAUGGUGGAUAUGUCGACCCAAAGCUGAUCUCUCCUCCUCCUCCCACUGCCCAAAGGCCCCACCUUGCAUUCUUUGCUGGUGGCCUCCAUGGUCCGGUUAGGCCGGUCCUCCUCCACCACUGGAAGGGCAGGGACCCUGACCUCCACAUCUAUGAGUACCUCCCUAAAAAUCUUAACUAUUAUGACUACAUGCUGAAAUCAAAGUUCUGCUUAUGCCCAAGUGGUUAUGAAGUGGCUAGCCCCAGAAUAGUCGAGGCCAUCUACGCAGAAUGCAUCCCUGUGAUCUUAUCAGACCACUAUAUCCUCCCAUUUAGUGAUGUUUUGAGGUGGGAGGCUUUUUCACUGCAGGUGAACGUCUCAGAAAUAGCGCGGUUGAAGGAGAUUUUGAUAGGAGUAAGCGAAGACAAGGUUUUGAGGCUCAAGGAAGGGUUGAGAGGUAUAAGGAAGCAUUUUGUUCUAAACCAGCCUGCUGAGAGAUUUGACAUGUUUCACAUGAUUUUGCACUCUGUUUGGCUUAGGCGGUUAAACCUACGCUUUUGA